AUGUCAUUUAUAUUUGACUGGAUUUACAAAGGGUUUAGCGGUGUGCUUCAAUUUUUAGGUUUAUACAGAAAAUCUGGGAAGCUGGUUUUCCUUGGAUUGGACAAUGCAGGAAAAACAACAUUGCUUCACAUGCUGAAAGAUGACAGACUUGGGCAGCAUGUGCCAACAUUGCACCCAACAUCAGAGGAGCUAACAAUAGCUGGAAUGACGUUCACCACAUUCGAUCUUGGAGGUCAUGUCCAAGCAAGGAGAGUGUGGAAAAACUACCUCCCUGCGGUCAACGGAGUCGUUUUUCUGGUAGACUGUGCCGAUUAUGAACGCCUCGCUGAGUCGAAGGUUGAACUUGAUGCUUUGCUGACUGAUGAGACUAUCUCCAAUGUGCCAGUCCUGGUCUUGGGCAAUAAGAUCGACCGUCCAGAGGCUAUCAGUGAGGGAAGACUGCGAGAGGCCUUUGCUCUGGAUGGACAGACAACUGGAAAGGGCAACGUGUCCUUGAAGGAACUGAACGUCCGACCUUUGGAGGUGUUCAUGUGCAGCGUCCUGAAGAAACAAGGUUAUGGAGAAGGGUUCCGCUGGCUCUCACAGUACAUUGACUGAUAUGCACCGAGAUGGGUGCGUUUUGUUUGAAAGGA